UGUGCGCCCCUGAUAACACAAUCUACGUGUUCAAAGCUAAAUGUCUUGCAGGACGAGUGCAUAGCAAAUGCAAAAGGCAAAAGGCGAGAGGCAGGUAUGCGUGUGUCCCGCAGCUGUUGACAUCACCAACAAGUAGAAAGUCACAGGGUGGAGUUUCAGCCUGCGUACGAAAUAGAGAAAAACACUUAUGUCCACGCCUACAAAAUUUGAACAAAUUUGGUCAUUUAAAUGCCUCUCCAAUGACUGUCUGCGAAAAGUGCCGAGUAGCAGACCGCAGGACAGUUGCAUAUAGGCCUAACUCACAGCAGUUGGUCAUCAGCCAUCUUCGUUGAAAGUUUGACAGGACGCAAUGGACACAGAUCCCAACACCUCCUCUGAUGAGCCCAAGGUGAAGCGAGGCUUUGACCAAAUGGUGUUUGCCAACAGAAGUCUGACACUGGAGAACAUCAAAUGCUAUGGAUUUGAUAUGGACUACACGAUGGCAAUGUACAAGUCUCCUGACUAUGAGAGCCUGGGCUUUGAGCUGAUAAGAGACAGAAUGGUGUCUGUUGGAUACCCUCAUGAGCUUCUACGCUACACAUACGACCCCAGCUUUCCCACACGCGGUUUAGUGAUCGACACCACAUACGGGAACCUUCUGAAGGUGGAUUCAAAUGGGAAUAUUUUGGUUUGCAGUCAUGGUUUCCGCUUCCUCAAAGGAGAAGACAUUCAUAACUACUACCCCAACAAGUUCAUUCAAAGAGACGACACCGACCGUUUCUACAUUCUAAACACUCUCUUCAAUCUUUCAGAGACUUACCUCUACACCUGCCUUGUGGACUUCUUUACUAGAUGCACCAGAUACACAAACCUCCUGAAAGGUUUCCAGCACGGCGACUUGUUAAUGUCAUACAGAAGCAUGUUCCAGGAUGUUAGAGAUGCGAUGGACUUUAUUCACGACACGGGAACCCUGAAGGGACGAACUAUCAAGAAUUUGGAUAAAUACGUGAUCAAAGAUUCAAAUCUCCCUGUACUCUUGAGCCGGCUUAAAGUGGUGGCCAAGGUCUUCCUCGCCACCAACAGUGACUACAGUUACACUAAGGCCAUUAUGAAAUACCUGCUUGAAAAUAAUGCUAAGCCUGGAAGUCCAAAACAGUCUUGGCGCUCCUUCUUCGACCUCAUCGUUGUGGACACCAGAAAGCCGAUGUUCUUUGGAGAGGGGACUGUGCUGAGACAAGUGGACACGGACACAGGAAAGCUUCGGAUUGGGACGUACACAGGUGACCUCCAACAUGGAACCGUUUACUCCGGAGGAUCUUCAGACAUCAUCUGUGAUCUGCUGGAUGUCAAAGGUAAAGACAUCCUCUACGUUGGCGACCACAUUUUUGGCGACAUUCUCAAGUCUAAGAAACGUCAGGGCUGGAAGACUUUUCUGGUUGUACCGGAACUCAACAAAGAGCUCAAAGUGUGGGACCAGAAGAAAAGUCUGUUUGAGGAGCUGAAACGUCUUGACGUCUUCUUAGCUGAAAUUUACAAGCACCUGGACAGCGGCAGUUCCAAGUGUCCUGACAUCGAUGCCAUUCAGACAAGAAUGAAGGUGCUGACCUACAGAAUGGACAUGUCUUAUGGCCAGAUGGGCAGCCUCCUGCGCAGCGGCGCCAGACAGACGCUGUUUGCCAGCCAGCUGAUGCGUUAUGCAGAUCUAUACUCCUCCACCUGCGUGAACCUGCUGCACUACCCCUUUAAUUAUCUCUUCAUGGCUCCCCCAGUCCUGAUGCCCCAUGAAGCGUUGUCUCAAAACUCGGCUGACGUUGCCUCAGAGCUCACUGUCACCAACAAUAUUGUCACGAUAAACAGAAACUAAGUGCUGAAGACAGCUGACCGAGAGGUUUCAGAAGAAGAUCAUGUGAAGAUGCUCCAGAGUAAUCUUCUGGACACCGAUGAAGGUGACUGUUUGCACCUGUGCUUGUAUAAAUGGUUUGUUGCAGCCAUGACGUGCCUCUUUUACAAAAAGAAAAUGAACUUAUCGCUCCACCUAGUGGAUAUGAAGUGCUAUGCCAUACAGCUAGAUUUUAGGGUUCAAAGCAAAAGCAGACUCAGGAUUACUGUGUUGUUACAUGUAGUGGUGAAUGUGCACUUUUGUUCUGAGGUUUGUGUAAUGGUAUUUAAGAAGUAACUUUAUUUAUUUGUUGUUUCUGCAACCUCUGGUGAAUAAUGUCAUACAUUAUUCAUAGUAUUUGUUCUCAUUGUUCACAAUUGAACAACUUUAACUAAACUUUAUGGUGUAAUAUGGCAUUAGAGGAUCUCAGCUAAUAUUGAGGAACACGCUCACAUAAUCAUUUGCAUUGUGUCAGGGGGCUCCUCUGUUUGUUUUGUAGAAAGUAGUUACAAUGAAAACUGUUUCCAGUGAAGUCUGUGGCUUAUCCAGAGUAACCAGGACACUGUAUCUGGAAAGACACAAUGCUGAGUUUUUUCAAAUGUAAUUUUUCAGCACCACAAAAAUCAUGUCGCUCCUUUUAAAUAAGGAGAAGGCAGAAAUCUCAGGGACAGGUCAUGCAAAACCUGGGCAAAUAAAACAAGAACUAGAACAUUUAAAGUUUUCCUUUUGUGCUACAUCUGUUGUCCACUGGAUGGCAGUGAAUCACCUCUGCAAUAGACUCAGGUCAGAUCAAUUUGUGUGAAGGUGUGUGAACUGGCUGAAUACUGCAAACAAGUAAACGAUGUUAUCUGAUAAAACAAUGAUUCAUCUCUAUAUUUCAGAUAACAUGAAGUAGCUUAUCGACUGCUGCAUGUUGUUGUAUUUCCCCUAAUAAAACUUAUCUUAUUUUGCUCUUGUCAUAGCGGAAACACACACACCUGUGUAGUAAUAUUGUACACACAGUACACACUGUAUCUCCCUCUUGUUCUCUCCUUGGCUCUGACAGUCUUGCUCCCUCGAGAGCUGAACCUUUAUCAAGAGAGAGCUGAGAGGAAUUUGUUGUCACACACACACACACACACACACACACACACACACACACACACACACACACACACACACACACACACACACACACACUUUCUCUCUCUCUCUCUUUCUUGCUGUAUGAUAUCAGUGCUCACAUGUGGUCUUGUAUAAGAGGAAAUUAUACAGUGUUCUUGCAGGGUUGUGUGCACAGAAUCUCUGUUCUCCUGCUGGGCUCCUGUACAGAGGAGCGUCUUCACCACAUUUCACUCUGCAGAAAGACUAAUACAAAUAUAGUAUCAGUCUCAUAUUUUAUAUUGAUGUUGGCAUAGCACACAUCAUGAUAAAGGCUGCACCAAUGUCAGGAAACAGCUUAAACUUUGGCUUUAAGUCAUGGGAAGGAAAACAUUUAAAAACAUAAGGUUAUAAGUGCUGAAAUUGACUUAUUGUGUUCACUAAAAUGAGAAAAAUUAAGAAAUAAUUUUCAAGUGUGCACUGUUCGAGCAUCUACAAGGACAUCUUGACACUAUUCAUAUAACUGUGUGAGAAUCUAACUAUUAUUCUUUAAAAUUAAAUAUUAAAGGCAACUCCAAAUUUGGAGCCACCCACUGCAUGCAUUGGCACCUCCCCCUCACACACACACACACACAC